AUGCCACUUACCCUAGCCUGGGAGCGUCUGAUUCGCUUCAUUGCAACAGACGGUCGCGUUCUGCGAGGCGAACUCCUAUCCUGCCAGGGCACAGAUUUAGAUCCGGGCAGGAAAGAUCAAGAUACUCCGCUAAAAGCAAGAGUCCUCUCAGGUAGUGAUAUUUACGAUGUGACUGGUAAUACCAAGCUCACGGACGAGAUUGUGACUGUCAACAAGCUUCUUGGGCCGCUCACUCAAGAUGAGGUGCCUAUUAUACGAUGCAUCGGCCUCAACUAUGCAACUCACAUUCGUGAGGCGGGCCGGCGGGCACCUCCAUUUCCAUCCAUGUUCUUCAAGCCUUCAACCACUGUAGUUGGGCAUGGCGACUUGGUGGUCAUCCCCAAAAUUGCGCAAGACAGCCAGGCAGAUUACGAGGGAGAGCUGUGCGUCAUCCUGGGUAGGGAUGCGAAAGAUGUCUCCAUCGAGAAUGCUUUAGAAUAUGUCGCCGGAUACACUGCCGGGAACGAUAUCUCGUCGCGUAAACUGCAGCGUGAUCCAGCUCUGGCCGGAAAUGUACCUCAGUGGGGAUUCUCCAAAGGUUUCGACACAUAUGCUGCUCUCGGGCCUGUCCUAGUAUCAGCCAAGCUGAUACCGAAGCCGGAAACGUUGCAGCUUCAAACACGCAUAGACGGGCAGUUGCGACAGGACACCUCGAUACAAGACCUUGUCUUUAGCAUUCCAUACCUGAUAUCAUAUUUGUCGUCAGGAACAACUCUCAAAAAGGGAAGCAUCAUUAUGACAGGCACUCCAGGUGGGGUAGGAGCUGGUCUCACUCCGCCACAGUAUUUGACGCCAGGAACGGAGAUGGAAGUGUAUAUAUCAGAGAUCGGCACCCUCCGAAACAUGGUCGCGUUUUCUGAUUGA